GCGCUAAGCUGUUUAGCAAUGCAGAUAAAAAUAUAGUUGAUAGCGCCUCUUUGUUAUCACUGUUUACAACAUAGUGAACAUUACAAAGCCUGCGAGCGCUUUUGUUUUUGUAGUUCCCCAUGCUAUGAAUUUUUGUCAAAUUGAGAGCCAGGGUGCAAACCUGACUUUGCAAAUUUUCCACCCACCAGUGCAACUGUUCAGGUAUCUUAUCAGCAUAAAAAAGUGCUUGGAAGCACGUUUGGCACUCGUCAAACAAGGACCUGUCACCAGCGGCCAGGAUUACUAAACUUCCCUCCUCAGCCUGGUUUUUGCUGCCUUGGAUCUGAGCCUCGAGGAACCGACCUCCCUUGGCUUGAACCGCCUGAAGCAAAAGAGAUCAACAUUAGAAGCGUCACUUUUAUUAGAAUGAUACAAUCAUUACCUCGGCAAUGUCGUGUGAUGUGUCAGCAUCGACGCCGGUCAUCUCAACGUAGCCCUUGUUGGGGGUGAUUUCGAGCAGGACUCCGCAAUUUCCGAACACCAUCUGCAAGGCUAACGAAUCAUCGAGAAAAAUAUGCGCAACCGAAGGCGAAAGCGCAGCGACGCGGGGGUGGCGGCAGGGUUGCUUUUGGCCGUAGUGUUGCUGCUUCCCUCGCUUGCGUCUGGGGAUGCCCAGGUGCCCAAACACUUCUUGCCUUACCAGCAAUCCGUUCAUGCCUUCUCGCCCCGAAAUGCACCCCCGGCGUCAUGUUCCAAGCAAUGCUACUACUGCACGGCCGACCAGACCAUGUGCCACGGUGGGCUUAUGCAAGAUCUCCGGCUCCCUCCAUCCACGCAAAGACUCACCCUCGAGGGGGUCAAAGCGGACAAAAUCGUCAAAGGUACGCUUGAUAAAAUGCCUCUAGCGUUUCUAUCCUGGCGAGACGGCGGCCUCCAGAGGGUCUCGAGCGAUGCGUUCGCUAACCUGACAGGGCUAGUCUACUUGGAUCUCAGCGAAAACUCCCUGAGCGAACUGGCCGAUCGUAUGUUUGAACGUCAAGAAGCACUCCGCCUGCUAAACCUGACGUCAAAUGAACUUUCAAUUUUACCUCAGUUGGUAUUUCAAGGUUUAGAAAAUCUUGAAACUCUCAGUCUCGCCCACAACAAGUUCACCACGCUACCAUAUAGAGCGUUCGAGCCCCUGAAAGAGCUGCAAACACUCGACCUCAAUGGUAACCUGCUGAUGAUGUUAGUGGACGUUUUCCUCCCUCCUCAAAAUAAACUAAUCAACCUUUUGGUCAGCGACAACAGAAUAGAAGAAAUAAAACCGGAGUCCUUCAGCAGUCUGCAAGACUUGCAGACUCUUGACCUUUCCAACAACAAGUUACAAAAUGUCUCGACGACCCUUUUCCAUGGGCUUCAUGAUCUGACAUACCUCGACUUGGGAAAUAAUAAUCUAGAACUCUUGCCGCCGCGUAUCUUCAAAGACAUGGAGAGGUUGCUGCAACUUAACCUUAGCUUCAACCCAUUGAUUACGUUGAGCAAAGAUGUCCUUGCACCCUGCGCCCUCUUAAAGUCGCUGUACUUGACCAACACGCGUCUUACCAGGCUGAAAGACACAGACUUUAAAAAUUUGAGGAGCUUAAAGCACCUCCAAUUAUCAAACAACCCAUUGCUUCAAGAAAUAGAAGACUACGCCCUGGUGCACACGGCUCGAAUGCGUUACCUCGACCUGAGGAGGAACAAUCUUACGCAGCUCCCCUUCUCACUCGGGUCACUUAAAGACCUGCGAGAACUGAUGGUUGCAGACAACCCGUGGGCUUGCGGUUGUCGAUCUUUGUGGUUUAUUUCAUGGAUGCAAGACCUUGGUUCCAAUAUUCGAAUGCAACCUGGAUUACAACAAUUGCAGUGCUCGCCAAAAGCAGAGAACGAUUUCGUGACCGAGGUGCUUGCCUUGAACUGCACUGCCACGCAGCCCGAACCGAUCGAAGAAACUUCCGUCGUCCAAUUCCGCUUUGGUGGCACGGCCAAACUCAAAUGCAAGUUCUCAGGCCAUCCGACCCCUUCGAUCACGUGGCUCACCCCAGAACGAAAAACAUAUCACUGGUCGCCACCUGAAGACCCUCGAGAGGGCCCGCCACUGUUCCGCGACCACCCAAACUCGCACAGUGCAGGACUGACACCCCUGGACAAUGGCAGAGUUCUAGUUUCGCCGGCGGGCGAGCUGCUCAUCGCAAGGGUAUUGAGAGAAGACGCUGGAAGGUAUACAUGCUUUGCCUCGAACGCCCUGGCCAACGCUAGUAUGACUGUGAUAAUGAGGCUGGAUCCGAUCACGAUGCACCAGAUUCAAUAUAUCAGCCUUGCAUUUGGUGGUCUUUGCGCUCUUGCAUUCUUCAUAGUCACCCUGAUCGUGCAAGGAAUUCGGAAGCUUGUAAAAAGGUUUUGUGGUACAAACUGCUGUCCUUGUUGUGACGAAGAGGAUAGCCCGCGGUCGCCACGCUCAAGGCAGGUCAAUCAAGUGCUCGAGACCAUCGAGCAGUACAAGAAGCAGCAACUGGAAAGGCUUCGCGACAACUACACACAGCAGGUGCACCGCAUCAAGGAAAACUGCACUCAGCAGGUGGAUUGGAUACGCGAGAGCUAUACGGGGCAAAUCAAGCAUCUAAAAGACUUCAGAGACUUUGGCACGACGCACAUCACCUCCAUUAGAGGUCAAUACUACGAGCAGGUGAAGCGCGUCCGCGACUAUUCAACAAAUCAGCUCAACUGGGUGCGCGAGAACUACGUCUUCCAACGAAACCGAAUCAAGAAAUUCAGUGCUCAUCAGGCAUUCCGAUUGCGCGAGACCUACAAGUACCAGCAGCAGACGCUCAAUAAGCUGCUUGAGAACCUGCCAAGUUUGUACCUGGAGAACUGCCGGUCGGGCGCGUGCGGCCGCACCGACUCCAUCAAUUUUGACUCGUCCAUGUUCUGCGAGGACGAGGAGUUCCGACAUGUGGCCAUCGGCACCGAAGACCACCUGUGGUGCCACAGCCGCCAGUCCGUCUACUACACCCCUACCGAACUUUUGAGCCCUUGCGUGCCUCCGAGGCCGCGCCACUACGUCCCGCCAAUGGACAAUGCCGAGUUGGCUCUCCGGCUGCAGGCUUGUCUGCAAAAACUCACGGACGAGCAAUCAGACGACGACGACGACGAAGAAACGGCUGAGCCACAAAACUCGCCAUAUUUUUCAUCUGCCGUGGCUGGACACUCCCGGCAGGAGCAAGCAAGCGCCGAGGAGGUGACCAACCUGCUCAGGUUGGCAUCCCUAGAAGACACAACCAUCCAAGUGGACCCGCAAGACAAAGGCGUUGUGGUUCGUGAACGGAGCGGCUCUCGACGCAGAGACGAGACGCCUCUGUGAGUCCGGCGAGCGAAAAUUAACAUUUGAUUUCUGUGAUAUCGUGACACGUGGGUGCGCGGAGCAAUUAAUUCAUUAAAUUGAGUAGUUAAAAUUAUCACGCGUGCGCCGCUGGGCGGUAUUGGAAAGAGCCGCGUACGAAAGCAACAGUGACAUUUCGCAAGACCGGUAUAUAUUUUUUUUCUACGUAUCAUUUCGAUCACGGUUUACACUGUAGUGAGCAACGUCGUGCAUAUUUCCUCUGUCCUUCGAUUUACUCGUGUUGUUGAUAUUCAUGUUUUCACUCCUUAUAAUAUCGUAGAUCAUGUCCAAGUAUUAUAUUAUUCUGCAUUAAUAAUAAUUAGUCUCAAAAUAAUUUUGCUGUUGUUUUUGCAAGUUGUCUAUAAAGCUUUGAAACCAUAUUCUGAAAAAAGGCUACCCUUUCAGGUGACAAAAUAUGUUACCUGAGCCAUCUACACAAAGAUUUUGAGACCCUGCGCGUGCCGAUUUAAAAGGUGUCAGAGAACACAUAAAUGAGCACCAGUUUUAAGAAUUUUUACAGGCCGUAUAAUUAUACAACAUUUAAAUAGUUCCGACCUAUAACAUACAUUUACAUAACAUGAUUGUCUAUACAGAUUAAUAAAUUUCCAUGCAGGAAUAUCCAGAGUGAAAAGACUAAAUGUCAUGGUCAAUAGUGAAGAAAAAAAUAAUAUUUUUUCCAAAUGAAUAUAUAUCAGAUAAUUAUAAAAAUUAAAUUGUAAAAAAGUUUAAAUGUGCAACUGAUGGCACUGAUGUGUUGAUAUUUGGUGGUAAAAUAUCAUUGAAUUUCCCAUUAAUUGAAAACCUUCUUAAAGUCACUUUUGUUUUAUGUCUAAUCUGAUUAAUCUGAUGUUUUUAUAUAUCAGUAACUGCUCAUGUACGCUAAGAGUUGUUAACAUAAUAUACGCUGAUGGAUUAGGUUACUUAUGUCGAUUUGAGCAUUUUUUUCAAUUUAAUGUUAAGACAAUUUACAGUAGGACCCAUUUGAAGCAUUUUAGGUUACUAACCAACUACAGUAAGGAUUAUAUAUUUUGUUGAAUAGGAAAAAUAUAUGUUCCUGCUAUCUGUUAUAUUUGAAUGUCUGAAAAACUUGUCAGAAAAAAAAUAAAAGAUAAGGACUAAAAAGGCUGAAUUCUGAAACGCAUCUUGGUUUUCUCACGAUCUACGAAUUUUUACAACUUAGUUUAAUAAAUUGCGGAAAAAUUGACGCAGUGAAAAACGGCAUAGGUACCAAAAAUAUUCUAAUUGUAUCAAAGCUUUUGCCAGGGUUUAUAUUUUGUCACUCGCUGCUAGUGAGAGGAUCAACCUGCCCUAUUCACUGAUUGUAGCUAUACAAAAUAAACUGACCUCAACUUACAGCAAAA